AUGUACUUUUUUCUUAGUCACUUGUCCUUUGUGGAUGUCUGUUCCUCUUCUUCCAUUGCACCUAAGACACUGAGUGAUAUCUUUGCAGAGAGAAAAGCCAUCUCUUUUGUGGGCUGUGCUGCCCAGAUGUGGUUCUUUGGUCUCUUUGUGGCAGCUGAAUGUCUCCUCCUGGCUGCCAUGGCGUACGAUCGGUACGCAGCUGUCUGUAAGCCCUUGCUGUAUACUUUCAUUAUGUCCCAGAGAGUCUGUGUGCAGCUGGUUACAGGGCCUUACACCAUAGCUCUAAUAAGCACCAUGACCCAUACAACACUCACUUUUUGCUUACCCUUCUGUGGUCCAAAUACUGUGAAUCACUUCUUCUGUGAUAUUUCCCCAUUGCUUUCCCUAGCAUGUGCUGAUACCUCCGUCAAUAAGUGGGUGCUCUUCAUUUUCGCAGGAGCUAUCGGAGUUCUCAGUGGCCUGAUCAUCAUGGUCUCCUAUGUUUGCAUCCUCGUGGCCAUCUCAAGGGUCCAGACUGCAGAAGGGUGGUGGAAAGCCUUCUCCACCUGCUCUUCUCACCUGGCAGCUGUCACUAUUCUGUAUGGGACACUUUUCUUCAUCUAUGUCCGCCCUGGCUCAAGUUCCUUUCUGGGUAUUAAAAAGUGA